UUCCCCUUUCCUUCUUUAGAGUAAACUCAGGUUUUCUAUUAUACUAUAAACCAGUUCAAUAUAUAUGUAUGUAUGGCUGACCAAGCCAAACAUCCAAGUCCCACAUAGAUCCCUUUACAACAAGUACUUCUAGCACGUGUGUGAGCUAUUUUUUCACUAGUUAUGGCCUCUAGUUCCUCCGGCAAACACCCAAUGUAUCGUGGAAUCCGAUGCCGGAGCGGCAAAUGGGUGUCUGAAAUCCGUGAACCGCGUAAAGCUACACGUAUAUGGCUCGGUACGUAUCCGACACCGGAAAUGGCUGCUGCUGCAUAUGAUGUAGCUGCACUAGCCCUAAAAGGUAGUGAAGCUGUUGUGAACUUCCCGGAUUCCGUUGGUUCGUAUCCUAUCCCGGGUUCUACGUCAUCAGCCGAUAUACGAAAAGCGGCGGCGGCGGCGGCGGCGAUGAAAAGAGGUGAAAACAAAAGUAGUGAGAGCAGUAACCUAGUAGCGACAGUUCAAAAUCAUGUGGUCAAAGAUGAAGGGUUCACUACAGGAGAGUAUGUGGAUGAGGAUGUAUUUUUGAACAUGCCUAAUUUGUUGGUGGAUAUGGCGAACGGAUUGCUGGUUUCACCGCCGAGAAUUAGCUUGAUACCUUCCGAUGACGACGAUGACUCGCCGGAUAAUUGUAAUGGAGGAAGCUUAUGGAGCUAUUGAUUUGAUCCAUUUUUCUAAUAAUGCUGCUGUAAGCUGCUACAUAAUUUUGGUCUUUUCAUUUUCAUCAAAUGUGGGCCGGAAACAAGGACAUGUUAGGAUUUUGGAAAAAAGGAAGAAAGAAAAAAAGCGCCCAUUGGUGGUAUUAAGUUGCAGCUUUGAGCAUUAUUAACUUGUCUCCUUAUGAAAUAAUAUAUAUAAUGAAGACAAAUUUGGUAAACAAAAAACAAGCAAAAAAAAAAACACACACUAGUGUUUUGCAGCACGUAAAUUUAUUUUUGGAUUUAAGGUGCCUUUGGUUAGGGUUUCGAUAUUUUGCUUAAGAGUGCUGUUGUAGGUAGGUAUCUAUACACAUGUAUGUAUGUAUGUAUGUAUGAAAUGAUUUAAUCUUCUUCUUUUUA